UCCCUUCGCGCAUCAGGAUCUGCUCCACCUAACGGCAAGCAACGACGGAGGUUUAAUCUUUCUUUGGGAAAAAAAACGGUGAAAGGCGAGACGAAAAUAUACAAACUUGUCCUCGCCUCUCACUUUCCAGCCAAAAUGAUCCACAGCCUGUUCCUGGUAAAUGCCUCAGGGGACAUUUUCCUGGAGAAGCACUGGAAGAGCGUGGUCAGCCGCUCAGUGUGUGACUACUUCUUUGAGGCCCUGGAGCGUGCGACUGAGCCAGAGAAUGUCCCACCGGUGAUACCCACACCACAUCACUACCUUAUCAGUGUGCUCAGGCAUCGCAUCUACUUUGUAGCGGUCAUCCAGAGCGAGGUGCCACCGCUGUUUGUCAUCGAGUUUCUGCACAGAGUCGUCGACACAUUCCAGGAUUACUUUGGAGUAUGUACAGAAGCUGCCAUUAAAGACAAUGUAGUAGUUGUCUAUGAACUUCUGGAGGAGAUGCUGGAUAACGGCUUUCCACUGGCCACAGAGUCCAACAUCCUCAAAGAGCUCAUUAAACCUCCCACCAUCCUCCGCACCAUGGUCAACACCAUUACAGGCAGCACCAAUGUUGGUGAACAGCUCCCUACAGGCCAGCUGUCAGUGGUGCCAUGGAGACGCACCGGAGUCAAAUACACCAACAAUGAAGCCUACUUUGAUGUGGUGGAGGAGAUCGAUGCUAUCAUUGAUAAAUCAGGCUCCACAAUCACAGCAGAAAUCCAGGGAGUAAUAGACGCCUGUGUAAAACUGACGGGCAUGCCAGACCUUACACUCUCAUUUAUGAAUCCUCGGCUGCUGGAUGAUGUCAGUUUCCACCCUUGUGUUCGGUUUAAGCGCUGGGAAGCUGAGCGAAUCCUCUCCUUCAUCCCCCCAGAUGGAAACUUCCGGUUGCUCUCCUACCACGUCAGCUCUCAGAACUUGGUAGCAAUCCCAGUUUACGUCAAACACAACAUCACUUUCCGAGAGGGGAGCUCUCAGGGACGCUUUGACUUGACCCUGGGACCUAAACAGACGAUGGGUAAGGCUGUGGAGUCGGUGCUAGUCAGCAGCCAGCUGCCCAGGGGCGUCCUUAACGCCAACCUCAACCCCUCCCAGGGAACUUACACAUUUGACCCAGUCACAAAGUUAUUGUCAUGGGAUGUUGGAAAGAUCAACCCACAGAAGCUUCCCAGUCUGAAAGGUACAAUGAGCCUGCAGGCUGGAGCCUCCAAACCAGACGAGAACCCAACCAUCAACAUCCAGUUCAAGAUCCAGCAGAUGGCCAUCUCAGGGCUAAAAGUGAACCGGCUGGACAUGUACGGCGAGAAAUAUAAACCUUUCAAAGGCAUCAAGUACAUGACGAAGGCUGGAAAGUUCCAGGUGCGGACAUAAGACUGUUGCUCACUGACCACCGGACCAAACCAUUUCCAGAUUGAGGGGUGAAGGGGAGUUGGUACAUUCCCUGUGUGUAUGCAUUUCAGGAUUUGACUAAAAAUAUUGAAGGCUUCUUGUAGCAGUUAUGAAUGGACCAUUGCACUUAGAUAUCUGAAUAAAAGCAUCUGUCUGGUAAACUGGAUAGAGCUUUGAUCUUGGUGUAUCCGAUAAUCUUUAGCUGAAACCAGGCUGAACCAAACUGGCCCCAGUGUAUACUUAUUUUUCCUAAUAUAUAUGGUUUUAGCAGCAUUUUACACUCAUCAUUUCAAUCUUGACCCUAAACCAAGCUAUCACACUUGUAGUGCUAUCAUCGUGUCAGUUCAGGCUCCAUUCAGGUCUCAUAGAGAGCAGACCCUGACAUGAUACUGUUUCAGGUAUAAAGGUGAACCGUCUACUAAGUAUUUCAUCUUCUGUGGCAUGUUUGUUUGACUAGAUAGGUGCCGACACUCCAAACAAAAGAUAUUGCUUCCCUGGUUAUAGAUCGUGAUCGAGUGAGUUGUACAGACUGAAAAAAAUAAAGCAUUUUUUUGGAAGAAGUAGUUAAAACACAUGUAAUGAUUUAACAGCUAUUAAUGCUUUAAAACAGAAGAACAGGGGGCUGCACCAUGAAGUGAGCUUAGAGGGUAAAAUUGGUCUGUUGGGCCUUAAGUCAGUUCUUCAUGUGAUGAAACUGGUUCUCUAUUGUCAGUAUUUUUCUUUUUUUUAAGAUUCAUUUUGGGGCUUUUUUGCUUUUAUUAGAGAGAUAGGACAGUGGAUAGAGCCACAGACGGGGAUGGGCCAAACCUCGAACCCGACUGAUCAAAGACAAGACUAGUUGGUAAUGGACUCUAAACUCAUAGCUAGUUUCAAACUAAAGUUGUCUGUGAAGUGUCAUUACCAGUAGUAAUUAUUACCUGGGAAAGAUGCAUUAUAAAGCUUUAACAUGGCUGCUUUUACAAUGAAACACUGAUAAUAAAAUUUAAUGGUCUUUAGUUAUCAUCCAUAGACUGUAGCCUGCUUUACAGGAUCAUGUAUGGAAUCAUUUCAAUUGUUCAUUUUAGUUUUACUUUAAUUUGACAAUAUGUAAGGUAUUUUUGCAUAUUUAUGGCGACCUAUUUACAUCUCCUGAUUAUUGAAAAACUGGUGUAUCAUUGUUGAAAAGCUUUGUUAAAGAUUAAGAGUAUGGCUGCACAAUAUUGGAUUUUUGCUAAUCUCCAAUAUUAUAAAAGGUUCUGCCUAAAACCACAAACAUAAUUUUUUUUGCAAGGUGAAACAAGGGAUUGGAAAUGUUUUUCCAGACAUGAAGUCAUUAUUUCUAAAAAUAAUUUAAUGCGACUAGUAUCUUAAUUUAAAACUACUUCAUUUUUACUAGCGCCGGUUUUGAUGCUGUACUACCACCAGAUGGUGGCUGUAGCACACCUGAAAGCUGAUUUCAUAGAAUAUCAACAGAAGAAGGAAGCAGUAAUGUCCAGUGGCACAACUAUGGUGCAAAAAAACUGACUUCACUUCUAAAUAUUGUCAUGUAAAUUAAACAAUCUAUUUAACUUAGUAUUAUCAGGUUAAAUAGAUCUUUCCUAAGGUAAAAUUAACAGAAAGCAAUGUUAGAUCUUUUAGGCUGUUAAUGGCAAUUUCCAUUAUGUUAGCAAGAAGCUAACAAAAGCAGAUACUAUUCACGAUCCAUCUUUUCCUAUUUUCCUGUGACUUUUACAAAUUUUCUUUGAAAUGCACAUCUGCACCGCUGAUAUUAAAGUCCAACAAAGUUCUUAUUCACCAGUAGUGAUUUUUAACUAUUAUCUGCCAAUACUGAUAUUAUGCUGAUAAUAUUACUAGGUAACAGUUUCCCUUUGUACAGUUUGUCAGAAGGCAAAAAUCAACUAAUGUAUUGAUAAAUGAAUUAAAACAGUAGUGUCCUGCAGUUCCACUCACUUUCUGUUUACUCUACUCAUGUUUUUUUUCUUUUUACCGCCUUAAUUUUCUUGAAAUUGACAUCACAUCUCAUCAUUUCAAUCUGACAAAAGCAGACAGACGAUGAUUGUUCCUUUUUGUGUGGAAGAAGCAUCAAAUGGUGUCGUAAACAUACCUAUUUAAUGUAAAGGUCUAAAGUCUGAAGCACAAAGUCUGAGUUAUCAGAGAAAGAUCAUAACCAGCUUCAUGACACCUAUCACUAACUUGAGCUUAAACCUGUAUUGACUGAGUAUAUUUACUGUCGCUCACUUUGUGUUGUACCCCUCUGGUUGCCCUCUGUUGUUAAGACACGUUUAAAAAAAACGAUUAGAGUAAACAUAAGCAGUAUAUUUUUCCCAUACUAAAUUUUAAAAGCUUGGUCAUGUGGUAUUUUUUAUGUGUUUUAUUCUCAACGUACACUGGAAAUUAUAUUUGACUCAUCACCCUGUUCAUUUCUUUUACUUUUAAAGAGUUAAUACACUUUCUGUUUGUUUUGUUCUUCUUGUGUUCCUUUUUUCCUUGUUACAAUGACUUGAUGAUGUAUGCAACACUGUAGUCAUCACACUGACAUGAUAGUGUGACACUGGAACCGUCCUUGAUCAUGCACUUUCACAUUUGCUGAUACAAAGAUUUUAAAAUAUUCCCACUUGAUUGAAGUAAGAUGGCUCAAACUGUCUCAGCUAUUUAUUAAUAUGAAUAUUUCUGUGAGAAUUUCUGGCGCAUGUUCACCAUUUUUAUUCCUUUUUAUAUUAUUUAUUAAACAAAACAAACAGUGAGUGAAAUGUAUGUCUUUUGUAACAUGUUUGCAAUUUGAGCAUACUUGUAGUCUUUUUUUAGCUUUAAUCUUACUGAAGCAAUUUGUUUUGUCCUUAUGACCAAACCGUUUGAGCAAGCUCCUCAACAGUUUUUGUUCUGUUUUUGUUUUUUUGUUUUUGUUUUUUUUCAGAAGAAAGUGUGGCCAUGAAACUGAUUGUUUACUGUAAAUUUAGAUCGCAACACUGUAAUCCAAAUUAUCAAAAAAGCUAAUGUCUGUACCGCAGUCUUUACAGUGAGAGAAACUAUGAUGUGCAUUUAAGUACAUAUUUAACAUCUCAUAUUCAAAAGAACAAGGUGUAACAGCCGGGUACCUCAGAAGAAAUGUUGGUUUGCAUUAUGUGUGUUUGUUACACAGCCUCCAAUGGAGUCUUAAUGGUGUAAAAUUAAAGAUUUGAUGUGA